CUCCCACCUUCGUUUCGUCCGUCUUGCAGUUUUAUUCACGCUCAUUGAAACACCCAGAGUAUUCGUCAAUACUCGUUCCAUUCUUUUUUCCGGGUCGCUACACGCCGCUGUGCAACCUCAAACCUUCGUUUCGCAAACAUCACGAGCCUCGUCUCUCCGAUUCAAACGAACAAAUCCAACUGUCCUUCCUACAGCGACAAACUGUCCAAUCCUUAAUUCUCUCACCGCGUCAAGAUGCUCUUCCGAACCGCCACUUCUGUUGCCAUUCUGGCCGCCGCCGCUCAUGUCAGCGCCGAGCCCAAGCCCUACCGCCUGGCCAUGAUGCCCGUGCUUGGAAUGAGCCUCGGUCGCCGCGACACCAACGGCUACAAGCCUGAGCAGACCCAGUGCGGCGAUGGCGAGACUUGCUCCGAGGCCUGCGGCGCUUCGUACAGCGCGUGCUCUGCCAGCAACACGGAGAAGUCUCACUGCUACAACCCCUCCGUUGGUCAGAGCUGCUGCACUGACGGCUCCGGCAACGCCUGUGACUCUGGCUACUACUGCACCCACGACUCUGCCGCCACCACCUGGUGCUGCCCGGACAGCAUGGAUCUCGCUGCCUGCGCCGCUGCUUACAAGGUAGCCGGCGCUCUCGAGGCCGCCACCGCUGUCUCAACGACUUCCACUUCCACUUCCACUUCCACCUCCAGCACCAAGACCAGCACUUCAACCACCAGCACGACUCCUGUCACCACCACUGCUGCUCCUACCACCACCAGCACCACCGAGGCUGCCACCACCACGGCCGCCCCUACAACCACCGCUGCUCCUACGACCACUGCCGCUCCCACCACUACUGAGGCCGAGGAGACCACUGCUGCUCCCGCCACCAGUGCCGGCUUCACCAGCGCCAUCGGCGGCUUUAACAGCACCGUCACGACCGCUGUGCCCAUCAAGCCCAACCAGUCCAAGACUCCUCAGGGCCCCGUUGCCUCCAUCGCCACGGGUGCUCCCCAGCCCUCUCAGCCCUCCACUAUCAGCGGUGCUGCCACCACCAGUGCUAGCGCCCUGCUGCUUCUCGCUGCCGGUGUCAUUGCUCUCCUGUAAGAAUCUGUGACGGAGUAGAGACGUGGUAUUCAACGUCGGGUAGCCAAAAACACAAGAGUUUCACUGCUCAGCGCAGCCACGAGGGUUUACGAGUCUACGACAUAGCGCACAUUUUCUUUGGGGGGCGGUAUAUCCUUGGGAGAUGGGAGGAAGAACUUUGGGGUGUUUUUUUGUUUAAUAUGGAGGUCUUUUUUUUUUCUCUGGUUUUUGACUUUGCAUCUUCUCUUGUGGUUUUUUCUAUUUUCGAAAAAAAGUGCGAAUGAUUCCCCUUCGAUAGUUGUUGCAAUCUCCAUUCUCACUUUUUACAUGGAGCUUUGCAGCAGGAUAUUUUUUGUUGGUGUUUUUUCAGGGAGGUUAUAUGGAUGGUCUGGUGGACAGAACAGAAGAGGAGAAAAAUUAAUUAAUUUUGACUGCGUCAGAGAGUAAGAGUGAUUUCCUUGAAGUGUUGUAUCAUACCCAUACAUUAUUAUAUACCUGCAAUUCGUCUACCAUUUAUUUACCUUGUUAUCGUCAUUGUCGUUCUUUAUCUAGAAUCUAUUGAUCUUUCU